AUGGAAGAGGACAGAAGGAUAAAAAUGGCCAGGAACGUUCGCGAAGGACGGCACAGACUUGCAGAGCAGCACAAGAGGCGUGCCAACGCAAUUAAGACGUACUGUGAUGGACACGUUACAUCCAUUGUGGAAAGCCCUAAAUCUUGGCUAGUAUGCGAAAGAAAUCACACAUAUCACGUCAAGCAGAUGCCAUGCGAUCGUGACGAAGUUCUUAACAACCAUUGCUACAAUUGCAACGCUUGCGGAUACGGUUUCAAAUGCACUUGCUUGGAUGACCACACAGCCGGCGUUUCGUGCAUUCAUGUGCACGUGGCACUCGUGUACAGUCCUCAAGGACUGGUGACGUAUUCGCACAUGGUAGAAGGAGAGGUUGUUACUGCCACGGAGCCGGACGGAGAAGCCGACACGCCGGCUGGAGAAGCCGACACGAUUUCGGGAACGGAAGUCCGGGACAGCGCCCUCAUAACAGACACAUGCAAAGAGCUUGUACAAGCGAUCACUGCUGAAAUGGCCGCGAUAAGAAUGAAGGUAAUCGGACCCUUGAAGGAACCAGACGACGACCUACGUACUCAGCUAAUGAGUAUGAAAAACCAGCUCAAAGACAUCAACAACAAUUUGAGAUAUGAGGGAACCACCCUCGCAAGGCGAUUAGACGCCAACCCAAGUGGGCGAAUACCGAAAUUCAGAGGAAUACGACUAAUAAGGAGAACAGCAGCUCGCAACAGGAGAAGGACGCGGAAGACUUCGUAGGAUUUUCUAUUUUUGGAUUUGUUAUUUUGUUCCAUCUAGUUAUCAAUGUUACUUGUUUUCAUCUGAUUAUCAAAGUUGCUUUCUUUCAUAUGAUUAUCAGCUUACAUCCUAAUCAGAAGAUUCCGGUGCUAUAUCUGCCUUUCAGUUAGAUCUGUUGUACAUUAGCUACGAAUCAUUUUCACUGUUGUCUUUUUUUUGAUUUGCUCACUUCAAUAGCGAGGACUUCUGUCAUUCUCGCAUCUCCGUUCACAACAUCAUCUUCACGCAUCGCAUUCAAACAGAUAUUUGUGUUUAUAUCUUUACCAAUGUGUCAUUUCUAAUCUACCUCUUUUCUCUUUUCUGCCACACUCAUUGUAGGUCCUAUUGCUAUCUGACUGAAUAACGCAAUAAUCUUGAGUCGCAGCCGCUCUGCAAUGUAUUGAGUGACUCAGGUCUCGAUGCAGUUGUAUCUAAAUUCUGAUGCUUUUAAAGCAUGUAAUACGUAAGGC